AGGAAAGUUUGAGAUUUGUGGAGCAGAGGAGGCGCAGCAGCAAGAAGCAAGAAGCAGAGCAGCAGCAGGAGGAGGAGGAGGAGGAGGAGGAAGGAGGAAGAAGGAGGAGGAGAGAAAAAAGAGGAGGGAUUUACUCUCGGAGAAGUUUGACACGAAUGCACAGGCAGCCUGGGAGUAAUCUACCCGGAGGAAGGAGGCUAGAGUUUAGUUAUUAUUAUUAUCAUCGCUCCGGGCUCUGGGGGGGACUUUUCUGAUGUUAUCGUGAGUCCCGGUGCCGGACUCCUCCUCAUGCAUGCCCCGGCUCCCUGCUCCUCUCUCCCCGGGCUCCGCCGCUCCUCCUGAAACACUUUCCUUCCUCCAGGAGCUGCAGCGGGCAGGCUGCGCACAGCACGCCGGCGCAGGGAGCCUCUGCGACGGACAACUUCAGCCUCGGGAGUCGGGGUCUUCGCGGAGCUUUCCCCGGGCUCCUGACGGUUCUGGACCGGGGCUGUUUGUUCGAUACCCCCCUCCCCGGAGAGAAGCAGCCGGCCCUGUAUGUUUCGGACACGGAACUAGAGCCGAACCGAGCCGAGCCGAGCCGAACCGAACAUGCCCGUUAGGAAGAAAGAUGCCCAGAGAGCCCUCCUGCUCCUGGAGGAGUACCGGGCCAAGUUGAAUCAUGCUGAGGAUCGUCAGCUGCGUUUCUCCAUCCAGAGAGUCAUCGACAUCUUCCAGAGUAACCUCUUCCAGGCCCUCAUAGAUAUCCAGGAGUUUUAUGAAGUGACCUUAUUGGACAGCCAGAAGUGGGUGGAGUCUUCCAAGGCGGAGGACCCCAUGGCGCCCGUCAACCUGUGGGAUUUCUCCAGCCUUCAAAGCACAACGGUGACCUCGGACACUCUACCCAGCCUUAGCACCAGCAUCGAGGACUCCCCCCUCCUAAACGAAAUCCUGCACACGUUGGCGCAGGCCAAACUCUCGCCCGGCCGUGAACCUCAAAAGUACAGGCACCAGGAUGAGGACUCGUCCCCCCAGAACCAGAGCUCCCCCCAGCUGACGGAGGAGGCGGGGGGGCCGGAGCUGGUCCAGGUGGCCGAGAAGAACCUGUCCCAGAUCGAGAACGUCCACGGCUACGUCACACACGCCCACAUUUCACCUAUGAAGGUAGCGUCUCUGGAGUGCAUCUUUGACGGUUCUUCAGCGUUAGGACACCACCACCCGGAGCUCCCCUCCCCUACGCCCUCCACCCUUUACCCCCACGGAGAGGACAGCCCCCUCCCCUCCUGCUCCUCCAACCCCUACCCCCCAAUCCAGGCGAAUCCUCCUCCCGUGGUGGUCAACACUGAGAGUCUGGACACGCCUCCAUAUGUGAACGGGACCGAGGCCGACUACGAGUACGAGGAGAUCACGCUGGAGAGGGGAAACUCUGGUCUGGGCUUCAGCAUCGCCGGUGGCACCGAUAACCCCCACAUCGGUGAAGACCCCAGCAUCUUCAUCACCAAAGUCAUCCCAGGAGGAGCCGCCGCCCAGGACGGACGCCUCAGGGUGAAUGACGUCAUCCUCAGAGUGAACGAGGUGGACGUCCGGGACGUGACGCACUCUCGGGCCGUGGAGGCGCUGAAGGAGGCGGGGUCUCUGGUCCGACUCUACGUCCGCCGCAGGAAACCGGUCUCGGAGAAACUGAUGGAGAUCAAACUGGUGAAAGGACCCAAAGGUCUCGGCUUCAGUAUAGCGGGAGGCGUCGGGAACCAGCACAUCCCAGGAGACAACAGCAUCUACGUCACCAAGAUCAUUGAAGGUGGAGCUGCACAUAAAGACGGGAGGCUGCAGAUCGGAGACAAGCUACUGGCUGUGAACAGUUCUUGUCUGGAGGAGGUGAGCCAUGAACACGCCGUCACUGCCUUGAAAAACACUCCAGACGUGGUCUACUUGAAAGUGGCUAAACCCAACAGUGUCUUCAUGAACGACGGCUUCGCUCCCCCCGACCUCACCAACUCCUUCUCUCAACACAUGGAGAACCAUAUCAGCCCCCCCAGCUUCCUCCCCCCACCGGCCUCCUCAGGACGUUACUCACCCACGCCCAAGAGCAUGCUGGGAGAUGAUGACGUCACCAGGGAACCCAGGAAGGUGGUUCUGCAUCGAGGAGCCACGGGUUUGGGCUUCAACAUCGUGGGCGGAGAAGACGGAGAAGGAAUCUUCAUCUCCUUCAUCCUGGCAGGAGGCCCAGCUGAUCUGUGCGGAGAACUGAGGAAGGGCGACCGGCUGGUCUCUGUGAACGGAGUCGACCUGAGGAACGCGACUCAUGAACAAGCAGCCGCCGCCCUGAAGAACGCGGGUCAGACCGUGACCAUCAUCGCCCACUACAGGCCGGAGGAAUACAGUCGGUUCGAGGCAAAGAUCCACGACCUGAGGGAACAGAUGAUGAACAGCAGCAUCAGUUCUGGCUCCGGGUCCCUGAGAACCAGCCAGAAAAGGUCCCUGUACGUCCGAGCUCUGUUCGACUACGAUAAGACCCGGGACUCGGGUCUCCCCAGCCAGGGACUCAACUUCAAGUUCGGGGACAUUCUCCACGUGGUCAACGCCUCCGACGACGAGUGGUGGCAGGCGAGACAGCUGACGGCUCAGGGGGAGGUGGAGGAGGUGGGGGUCAUCCCCAGCAAGAGACGGGUGGAGAAGAAGGAGAGAGCGCGGUUAAAGACGGUGAAGUUUAACGCCAAGUCCAGAGACCGAGGGCAGUCUCUCAAUGACAAGCGUAAAAAGAACCUCUUUACCCGAAAGUUUCCGUUCUACAAGAGCAAAGAGGCGGCGAGCGAACAGGAGACCAGCGACGCCGACCAACACGUGACGUCCAACGCCAGCGAUAGCGAGAGUAGCUACCGGGGUCUGGAGGAGUUCGUUCUCUCGUAUGAACCCGUCGUUCAGCAGGAAGUGAGCUACACUCGUCCCGUCAUCAUCCUCGGUCCGAUGAAGGACCGGAUCAACGAUGACCUGAUCUCUGAGUUUCCCGACAAGUUUGGAUCCUGCGUCCCACAUACGACGCGGCCGAAGCGCGACUACGAGGUGGACGGCCGCGAUUAUCACUUCAUGGUUUCCAGGGAGCAGAUGGAGAAAGACAUUCAGGACCAUCGCUUCAUCGAGGCCGGACAGUACAACAACCACCUGUACGGGACGAGCGUCCAGUCGGUCCGGGAGGUGGCCGAGAAGGGGAAACACUGCAUCCUGGACGUGUCAGGAAACGCCAUCAAGAGGCUGCAGCUGGCUCAGCUCCACCCCAUCGCCAUCUUCAUCAAGCCCAAGUCUGUGGAGAACAUCAUGGAGAUGAACAAACGUCUGACGGAGGAACAGGGACGGAAAACCUUCGAUCGAGCCACGAAGCUGGAGCAGGAGUUCACCGAGCAUUUCACAGCCAUCGUUCAGGGCGACACUCUGGAGGAAAUCUACGAGCAGGUGAAGUCGAUCAUCGAGGAGCAGUCGGGUCCGUUCAUCUGGGUCCAGUCCAAGGAGAAGUUAUGAACCAGAACCUCCUCCUCCUCCUCCUUCUUCUCCUCCUCUCACUCUGUUGAUUCGUUUCCUUUCGUCCCGGUCGAACGAGCUCGGACUCACGGUACAGCUCCUUAAUGUUUAAGGGAGAAGAAGAAGAAUCGUACGAAGCAGAUUUCAUCUUUUGGGUUUUUUCCUUUCAUUUAUUUUUUUAUUUUUUUUGUUUGUUUGUGGGUUUUUUUUUCUCCUGGUUUUGUCUCGUCAGGCGAAAGGUUUGUGGGCGGAGCCUCAGUCUCAGGCAGCGUCUGUCGUCCGGAUGAAGCGAGAGACACGAAAAGCAAAACUUUGCACGUUUGAGCUUUAACAGCAUGUUAACCAGUUUAUUUCCCAUCAGCCCCUUCACCUCCUCCUCCUCCUCCUCCUCCGCUCAUUGCAACACGUCUUUUUUUACUCGGCUCAUGUUUCUGCUGCUGGAUGUUUGCGGGACUCUGCAGCUAGAGGGCGCCGUGCAGCUUCACAUUAAAACGCUUUCAGCUCGGAACGAAGCGUUUUUCUGUCGGUUCUCAGGUAACGAUCAGUUUCAUCUUUAAUUACAACGAGUAAAACAAAAAAAUAUUUUUAUUAGGAAACUGAGAUUUAACGUCAUUAAAAGUCAGAAAAUUAUUUUAAUACCAGAAGAAAAUAUGAAAACUUUUCUCAUAAAUUCUAAUAAUUACAAGAAAACUUGAUUCAAACUAAAUAAUGAGAAAUGUACUAAUUUAGUCUCAUGAUUAUUUACGAGUAAAAUGUUUUAUUAAUAAAUCAGAAAAAUAUCUCAGAAUAACAUAAAAAUGUCAAUAAAGCUAAAAAUACUUUUGGCUUUAUUGAAAAAAAAUUAAAUUCCAGAUUUUUUUUAUGUGAAUCCUGAGAUAAUUUUCUGUCGCAUUAACAAUAAAAAAUAAAAUCUAUAUUUCAUGACAUGAAUCAACGUGAAGGAGAAUUAUUUUACUACUAAAACGUAUUUUCUUAAAUUGUUUCGGAUGGAAGCUGUUGACGGGAAUAAACGUUAGAAUAUUUGACGCAGGUGAAGCGUCCGGCGCCCUCUACGACGCGGGUUUGAAUCCCGUCGCUCACGUUUGUUGUUGGAUGAGAUUUUGACGGAUAUUUAACCCUUCGGUGAUAAACUGCCUAUUUUGUUAUAAUAAAGUCUAUAUUGAACUUUACUUAAGCACUACUACUACUACGGGAAUUAUUUUCUUUGCAUUGUUAAUCAUAUAUGAAUAGAAAAGUAUAAAGAUAUUUGAAUAUAUAUUUUUCUUUUUCUUCGAUCACCACCUCUUCUUGUCUUUUAAUUUUCUUUUUUAAGCAUAAUAAAAACUUAACAAGAAACCA